AUGAAUAAUUCAUACUCUGCUCUUGUGGUUGCUGGUGCUAGUGGCUCAGGGAAAUCCACGAUCGUAAAGCACCUGGUGCACAGAUUCCCAGACACGUUUACGCUGUCUAUUUCGUACACGACAAGAACGCCAAGAGAGAAAGAAAUAGAUGGCAGAGAUUAUCAUUUCAUAAGCCAGGAAGAGUUCAAUGAAAAAAUUAAAAAGAACGAGUUCAUAGAAUACGCAGAGUACGCAGGGAACUAUUAUGGAACAGGAAUAGAGUAUAGCACCGUGGAGAAGGGGAAAAUACUUUUGCUGGAAAUCGAAAAAAAGGGGGUCAAGAAAAUAAAAGAGUCUGGGCUCAAUGCAGCGUACUUGUAUAUAUACGCAUCCAUGUCAGUGCUGCAUGCAAGAAUUUCCCAGCGAGCCAUUAUAACACAGGACGAGCUGAGCAAGCGCCUUAUGAAAGCAAAAGAGGAAAACAUGUACGGCUGCAGCGAUGAGUUUGACGAGGUCAUUAAUAAUGAAGAUCUGGAAACAACAUUGAAGGAGGCAGAGGAGUUUGUCAAAAGUAAAUUCAAUGUUAAAUAA